CGUCUGUACAACACGAUGCGAUGUUGAAACCGCGAUUGUUCUCUACAUUACGGUGCUUGCAGCAUGAGAAUCCUUUGGGCCUCCCGCGCUCAGGCGCACCUCCGCAAAUACCGCGCAUGCAACGAGGACUACCACAGAAGAGGAGCAUAAAAGAUGUCAAGAAGGUCAUUGCGGUCUCAUCGGCGAAGGGUGGUGUAGGAAAGAGUACGAUUGCUGUAAACCUCGCCCUCUCCUUCGCACGUCGAGGGUACCGCGCCGGCAUCCUCGACACCGACAUCUUUGGACCCUCAAUACCCACCCUUCUAAACCUUUCCGGGGAACCACGACUAUCAGCUAACAACCAGCUUCUACCCCUCUCGAAUUAUGGCCUCAAAUCCAUGUCGAUGGGCUACCUCAUACCCGAAUCUUCUCCCGUAGCAUGGCGCGGGUUGAUGGUCAUGAAAGCUUUACAACAACUUCUGCAUGAAGUGGACUGGGGCGGCCUGGAUGUGCUGGUUCUGGACAUGCCGCCGGGAACGGGGGACGUGCAGCUCACCAUCACGCAGCAGCUUAUUCUAGAUGGCGCCAUCAUUGUAUCAACGCCACAAGAUCUGUCACUCAAGGACGCCGUGAAAGGUGUCGAGCUUUUUCGGAAGGUCAAUGUCAACCUACUCGGCCUGGUCUGUAACAUGGCGGGAUUCAAAUGCCCAGGCUGUGGUGAGAUGCACGAAGUGUUUGGUAACAUGGACAAGAUCAGGAAUAUGUGCGGCAAGUACGAUUUGAAGAUGCUAGGCGAGAUACCCCUGCACGCAAGUAUCAGCGACGAUGCAGAUCGUGGAAAGCCGACCGUCGUGGCGGAGCCGGAGGGUGAUCGAGCGAUAGCUUUCAGCCAGAUCGCGCAACAGGUCGAAGGUUUGAUUGGAUUGGAACAGUGAUGUAUGAGAGGUUGGAUGUAAUCUGACUUGGAUAGACGUGUCGCCCUAUACAUCUCCAGUUAUCUCAAUUGCGGUUGGCACGUUCAAAUCCAUUGUGAGGACAGCUUUAUGCUGGGUAGAUUCUUUGAGGUUGAUACCUUCAAUCUUGACUUGAAUAUAGUCUCCUCUGACCACGAGCAGUGAUACAUGGAUCGAUUGCACCCGCUCUUGUACCUAUGGCGGAUCUUUUGCUGUUUGGCGUUUUCAGUUUCUUUUAGUCGAUAUUGUACUCCUGGCCACACUAAGUCCAUCAACCUUCCGAGAGACCUGUUUAGCGACUGUGAGGUUAGCGAUCUUCACGCACGUG